AUGGUCAAGGAUAGGCAAAUUGAUAUACUUCUGCUGCAAGAGACUAAGAGAAAUAAUGUUCAAGAUAGAGAUGCAAAAUCAGUAUGGCCAUGGGAUCAUAUGGAGUUUUUGGCAGUGGAUGCUGAAGGGAAUUCAGGGGGUCUGUUGUGUAUUUGGAAUCCUGAGGUAUUCGUUUUGUCAGAUUGUUGCUGCACCAGAAAUCUAAUCAUCCUAUCAGGUACCACUCAUGACCUGUUUGAAUGUGUUGUUCUUAACAUUUAUGCACCGACUGAUGCUGUUAGGAGAAGGAAGCUGUGGGAUGUAAUCAUCAACCUAAAGCAACAUUUCUUGAAGCCCUGGUGUAUGGGAGGGGAUUUCAACGAGAUUAGGUUCAUGUCUGAUAGAAAAGGUUGUAGUAGGAGAGACAGAGGUAUGCUAGAUUUUAAUAAUUUCAUUGACCAGUUGGCAUUAGUUGAUAUUCCUCUGCUGGGUAGAAAGUUUACUUGGUGCAACUCAUUGGAAGGUGAAACAUGGAGUAAAAUUGACCGAUUUCUUGUGGAGCCUGCUGAAGAUGAUCUCCAUGCUCUAGAUAUAGUAGCUGAAGUUCGACCACUGAGUACUCUAGAAAUAAUAAAGAGGAGGGAAGUGAGGAAUCUGGUCUGGAAGUUUAAGAAGUGGAACGAUCGGAUUUGGCUCCAAAAAUCAAGGUUGAAUUGGGAACAUAAUGGGGAUAAGAACACCAAAUUUUUUCAUAUCAUUGCUAGUAAAAGGCAAAGUAGAAAUUUGUUGGAUUCAGUUCUAGUUAAUGGGAAUAGAUAUGAUGAUCCUCUAGUAAUUAAACAAGAAGUUUUCAGGCACUUUUCCUCAGCUUUUACUGAAACUUGGGUUUGUAGACCAAAAUUAGGUGGCUCAUUUGUGACUUUAAGUCCAGUUGAGGGUAGAGAGGUUUUGGAAGCUCCUUUUACCAUGGAAGAAAUUUGGAGGGUGGUGAAGGAAAGUAAUGGGAACAAAGCCCCGGGGCCGGAUGGUUUUAACAUGGGUUGUAUACAAAAGUGUUGGAAAGUGAUGAAGGAAGAUGUAUUCCAUUUCUUGCAAGAGUUCCACUCCAAUGGCAGAUUGGUUAAAGGUCUGAACAGUUCUUUUCUUGCCCUAAUUCCUAAGGUGGUUAGUCCUUCGAGCCUUGGGGAGUAUAGACCUAUCAGUUUAUUGAACCUCGCUUACAAAAUCCUAUCCAAAGUUUUAUCUCGUAGACUGAGCUUGGUUCUGCCAAAUAUUAUUAGUGAAGUUCAAUCUGCAUUCAUAGGUGGUCGUCAUAUUUUUGAUGGAAUCAUGAUAGCCAAUGAGGUAGUGGAUUGGUGGAAGAAACAUAAAAAGAAGGGGCUGAUUCUGAAAUUGGAUUUUGAAAAAGCAUAUGAUUCAGUUAAUUGGAAUUUUUUGUGGUCUAUGCUAUCAAAUUUUGGGUUUGGGGACUUAUGGGUUAGUUGGAUGAAAGAAUGUGUGACUACAACUAGAAUUGACUACAGCCAGAAUUUCUGUCCUUUGGAGGGUUUAAAUUUGUUGUUGGCUAGAGCAAAAGAAUUGGGACUAAUUAAGGGUGUUUCAGUGGGUCAUUCCGAGAUCCAACUCACACAUCUACAAUUUGCGGAUGAUACUUUACUAUUUUGUGAAGCGGAAGAGGCAGAGGUGGUGAAUAUUAAAAGAAUUUUGAGAUGUUUUGAGAUUGUCUCAGGCCUGAAAAUAAAUUUUCAUAAGAGUGUUCUAUGUGGAGUAGGAAUUGAGGAAGCUCGUGCUCAGGUUUUUGCAUCCAAAUUCAAUUGUCAAUGCCAAAAGUUACCUAUGAAGUAUUUAGGACUACCUCUUGGGGCUAAUCUCAAGUCACGAAAGUCUUGGCAACCAGUGGUGGACAAAGUGAAAUCAAAAUUGGCCCUUUGGAAAAGAAAGUUGCUCUCUUUUGGUGGUAGAGUAACAUUGAUUAAGUCUGUCCUAUCCCAUUUACCAUGUUAUUAUUUAUCUGUGUUUAAACUACCUGAAGGUGUGGCGAAAACUAUUGAUAGGUUGCAAGCUGCCUUUUUGUGGGGGAGCUCUGAACAAAAAAGAAAAGUACAUCUUGUUAAGUGGAAGGAGAUUAUAACUAGCAAGAAGCAAGGAGGUCUAGGCAUUGUGAAUCUGAAAGAAAUGAAUUGCAGUCUUCUAUUGAAAUGGUGGUGGAGAUAUGGGGAGGAGGAUAAGGCAUUAUGGAAGAAGGUGAUUAAUAGUAGGUAUGGAGCCAUUGGAGGGGGUUGGCUACCUAAGAUGGAGCCUUCUGGGAGGGUGUCUGCUGUGUGGAAUGGUAUUCUACAUGGGGUAGAAAUACAUCCAGAUUUACAUAAUUUUUUCCUCUCAAAAGCAGAAAUCAAUUUGGGUGAUGGUAAGCGAGUGUUCUUCUGGCUAGAUAAAUGGUUGAGGAAUAUGAAGCUUAAAGACGAAUUUCCGAGACUGUUCAGUUUGUCUACUGAGAAGGAGGUAUCCCUGGAAUGUGUUGUACAGAGAAAGGAGGGUAUAGGGGGCUGGCAUUUAAAUUUCAGAAGGCCUCUAAGGUCAUGGGAAGAAGUUAAGGUUGUUAGAUUAUAUGCUUUGCUUGCUGAGGUACCACCUCUGAGACCAACCAUCCCAGACUCUCUUAGGUGGCUGAGGUCUUCUUCUGGGAAGUUCACAGUGGCUGAAGCAAGAGAAUGGUUGGCUGCUCAUCAUGGGCCGAAGUUGAUGAUUCCUACACUUUUAUGGUGUAAUGUGGCCCCUCCCAAAGUUCAAUUUCUGGGCUGGUUGAUUUGGAAGGGUCGAGUUAAAACCACUGAUUUUUUGCAAAGGAUUGGUGUUCUUAGCAGCAGUAUAAGCAAUGUUUGCCCCUUUUGCAAAGCUGAACCUGAAUCUUUGAACCAUAUAUUUCUGAUGUGCAGGGGCAUUUGGGAGUCUUGGACUGAAUUGUUAAAUUGGUGGGAUGUGAAAUGGGUAUUACCUGUUGCAGUAGUAGAUUUGCUCCAUUGGUGGAUGGGUUUUAAAGGUAAAAAGAUUAUAAUGAACAUUUGGAAUUUAGUACCAAUGGCUAUGUUCUGGUAUAUUUGGAAGAUAAGGAAUAAUUGUAUUUUCAAUGGGGGUCAACCUAACCUAAAGGAGCUGAGUGAAUCUGUCAAGUGGAGAGUGGCCCUAUGGGCCAAAUCCAAUCUCCCAGUUUUUGCUUCAGAUUUGCUUCAGUUUGUAUCAGUGCUGGUUGCUAAGGGUAUGCUGCUGUAUGUAUCUGAUCUGGGCUUCAGCUGUGCUUCAGUUGUUCUUCAGUUCUGUGUCAGUGUUGGUCCCUCACCAACGUUUCUGUUUGUGGUGCUGUGCAUCAUCCCCCUCCCAACUAUCCUUUCUUGUCCCUUUAUUGAUGUACUAUCUCCUUCUUGGAAGAUGGUCGCAGAUUGCAGCCCAAUUGCCCCGGAGGACAGACAACAAAAUCAAGAACCUGUGGAAUUCCUCAAUCAAGAAGAAGCUCAAGCAGAAAAGCAUUGA